AUGACUAAACCUGCAGUGAAAUUUGGCGAUUCUGAUGGUAGCGGUAGUUUUAUAUUCCGAAAGUCACCCGAUUCUGGAACAGAAAAUCUGGUGGAUAUCGAUAUGGCCAAUAAAAAUGUUAGUACGUUUGAACAUGAUAAUAAGGUGCCUUUUAAUUCAGUAAACCCUCAAGGUUAUACGGAAGAAAAGGUUGACAAUUAUACAGCAGUAGCACGAAUAGUAGCCGAGGAACGAGAACAAAAAAACAGACUACCAAAUUACCCGGGUCUGGAGAGAUACCGUUUAUUGGAAAAAAUGGGAGACGGUGCGUUUAGCAACGUCUACAAGGCAAUUAACGUAGUGACGCAGGAGAAAGUUGCUAUUAAAGUUGUAAGAAAACGUGAACUAAACAGUGCACAGGAGAGGCAUCUUCAUCGUGAUAUGAAAGUAAGGCCUCGUGCAACUGAGGUACUUAAUCGUUCCUGGGAUGUCAUAUAUAUAAAUGACUUUAAAGAUAAAUGCAAUGCAGUUGGUCCUCAAGGUGCUUUGAGGGUUGACGUUCAUAAGAUCGCAUUCUUUAUUAACUGCGUUAGCUGUCAAGAGAAUGAAACGUCAAUAUUAAACCCUUUGACCCCCAUUGCCUUUGCCAAUCAAAGAAACUGUUUAAGACGUUCUAACAUUCUCAAAGAAGUCAGAAUAAUGCGCCAGCUAAAACAUAAAUCAAUCGUAGCCCUAAAAUCAUUUUCGGAAUCUGAUGAUUAUUAUUAUUUAGUUCUCGAAUUGAUGGAAGGUGGUGAAUUAUUCCAUCAAAUUGUGAGACUCACCUAUUUUUCUGAGGAAUUAGCACGACAUGUUAUCGUUCAAGUUGCUGAAGGAAUAAGAUACUUGCAUGAAGAAGUAGGUGUUGUUCACAGAGACAUAAAACCUGAAAAUCUUCUCUUUGAACCAAUUCCUUACCGUCCCUCAAAAGAACCAAAGCCUUCUCUAUUUGAUGAACCAAAAGAAGACGAGGGGGAGUUCAUUCCGGGUAUAGGUGGUGGCGGUAUUGGCAAAAUUAAAAUCGCUGAUUUUGGCCUGUCAAAGGUUGUGUGGAAUGAACAAACAAUGACACCUUGCGGAACGGUUGGAUAUACUGCUCCUGAAAUUGUCAAAGAUGAACGAUAUAGCAAAAGUGUUGAUAUGUGGGCACUUGGUUGUGUCUUGUACACUUUACUUUGCGGUUUCCCUCCAUUUUAUGAUGAAAGUAUUCGUGAUUUGACUGAAAAAGUCGCUAAAGGACAGUAUACAUUUUUAAGCCCAUGGUGGGAUAACAUUUCUGACUCCUCUAAGGACUUGAUCUCUCACCUUCUUUCCGUUGAUCCGGAAAAAAGAUAUACUAUAAAUCAAUUCUUUGAGCACCCGUGGGUUAAGAAUGAGCCAUUUUAUCUACAAUCUGCAAAAUCAAGGCAUAAAGAGCCUCUAAAAAUAAAAACUUCAGUUGAUUCAUCUACCGUACCAACUAUAUAUAAUGAUUUGAAUACACCUGGUGAAAUGCCUCGACGUAAGGAUGUAAUUUCACCAAGUAUUACUCUCAAAGAAGCGUUCGAUGUAAGUUGCGCAGUUCAUCGUAUGGAAGAGGAAGGUGCCAAGAGAAGAAAGAUCAAGAUGGGUGGUGGACAGAAAGCCGGUGCUUUGAACCCGUUUAAAAAUCUAACCGCAAAUUUAAAUGAUGACGUUUCCGAUGAUGAAACAUCUACUUCCACGUUGGAGCAAGUAAUUCAUACGACGGCAAAAGAGCCUAUAAAGAUGAAGACUGGGACAAGAAAAGGCGGUGUUAUACCAUCUACUUCUGCUAAACAUUCUAAAGAGGGAUCCAAGCGAUUGAAUUUUGAAUUAAAUAUUGAUAGGGCAACUCUAUUAGGAAGAAGACGUAAAAUUAUAGCUGAACCUGUUGGCGUUUAA